UACGUAUAUAUGUAUAGUCUAUGGUCUGACACUUGACGUUUAGCAUCGCUGAGGAAGUCACCGCUCAACAUACAUUCAACUGUCGCUCUUUGAAUGAGUUUCUCUGUAAAAUACGAGUUAAAACACGAAGCUAACCGAAACAAAAAGACGACAGCAAACCACCCGAACAUCGAAGAUGACGCAGGAAAAUAUUUUUGUCUUCGUUCCCAAUUUAAUUGGUUACGGCCGCAUUGUGUUGGCUCUGGUUUCCUUCUACCUGAUGCCCUGCUGUCCGUGGCCCGCCGUCUUCUGCUACCUGCUCAGUGCUCUGCUUGAUGCUUUUGAUGGCCACGCUGCACGGGCACUCAAUCAGUCCACUAAGUUUGGAGCCAUGAUGGACAUGCUGACUGACCGCUGUGCCACCAUGUGUCUGCUGGUGAAUCUGUCCCUGCUAUACCACUACUAAACUUUCCUGUUCCAGAUCAGCAUGUGUGUGGACAUAGCCAGCCACUGGCUGCACCUGCACAGCUCGACAAUACACGGAUCGGCCAGUCACAAGUCCAUCGACCUCUCCGACAACCCUAUCCUUCGAAUCUACUACACAUCCCAGCCAGUGCUGUUUGUGAUGUGCACUGGGAACGAGCUCUUCUUCUGUCUGCUCUACCUUCUCCAUCACAUCCAGGAACCUGCAGCAUGGCUCUACUGGCUGCAGGGACUGUGCUUUAUCAUCUGCGUGGUGAAGACCGGCAUCAGCCUCGUGCACCUAGUCACCGCCUCCCAGAACAUGGCCGCCCUCGACGUAGCCGAGCGGGAGGCAAAGAGGAAGACGCAGUGAGAGAGAGGAGUGAGUGAGAGCCUCAGUAACAAAUCCACCACGGUUUUUAUUUAUUACUAUUAUAAGGGUUUAACGGUAGACUUUGUGCACUUAAAUACGGCGUGAAACACAUCACUUCAGUUUGUCUGACAACUUCAGAAAGACAGAAAGUUUAUGACCAAAUAUUGCAAAUUAGAUGUGUCUCAAAACAAGAAAACAAGAGUUCAACAGUUUCUACAGUUGAUUUUUCUCUGAUUUAUUUUACAAACAUACGCUGUUGACAGGUUUGACACUUUGGUGAUAUGACAAUAAAUGCAGUGAGAAUUAUGUGUCAAAAUUGAUCUCCCAAUAUCAAAGGUCAUAUAUUGUAAAAGAAGACUUUCAUAAGCAUCACCCCGUACUAGAUGGAUGUAUGAAUGGGCAGUCAGUAUUUUCAGUUUGUCCCUCUUAUGUAUUUUUUCACAUCUGAGUCACAGUUUCAGCUCAUAAAAUUAGUUUUAUUUAGACAGUCUGUCUUUUCUGGCUCAGGGUUUCCCAGAGUUUUUCAAAGUGAUGGAAGAAAUUAUGCCAUUUUUAUCAAAUAUAAUAUUAAGCUUCAGAAGAAAAAAAGGAGCAGACACACAGCAAAGGCCGCAUAUUUAAUGACUGAUGUGGCGGGUUUAACUGGCGCCUAAUAACUAUAUUGAUAAGGAGGAUCCGUCUGAUCCAGCUUUGAUUGAUUAAAUGAUCACAUUGUAGUGUUGUUUUGCCGUGUUAAAUUAGAGCAGCAUGUCACAAUGUCAGAAGAAAUUAAAAAUGUCUGAGACAAACCGUUCACUCAGUCACCUCCUGCGCUACAGAUCAGACACCAGGCUGAAAUCAGUCUCUGUGGAGUUGAAGUUAAAAGUUCAUAUUGAUUUUGCAACAGCCAGCCAAUCUAGUGCGAGGAAACCCUGGAGCUAUCAUGUUUGCUUUGAAUGAAAAAUCCUCGUCCCAACUUUAGAAACAUGUUAAAAAAUGUUGUUUAUUGAGCAGCAGAAGAUGAUUUGAAGAGUGUUUACAAAUCCUGGAGAAACCUUCAGAGCUGCACAAAAUGCUGUUAAAGAGGACCUAUUCUGCUCAUUUUCAGAUUCAUCCUUGUAUUUUGAGUUUCUACUAGAACUUGUUUACAUGCUUUAAGGGUCAAUGGUUAUUUUCCUCAUACUGUCUGUGCUGGAACACCAUCUGAAGUGUUCCAUUUUAGUGCCUGUCUCCUGAGCCCUCCUCCCAAAAGAGUGUUUCCAGGUCUUCAUUAUCUGUACCAUCAUUGAGCCGGGGGUGACUGUAACAGAGUACAGCGGCACUUUCUAACAUGAACAAUUACCAAUAAAAGCUUCUAAACCAAAUCUUUGCAUCCAGACAUCUUCCAGUAGGAGUAUGAUCUGAAAUCGGUGAGAAAUAAACAACAUCAGCAAGCAGGAUUCCAUGUUUCCUGACAUUAGCAUGUAGCUCAUGUAGCAGUGUGUUGGAAACACUUGCUGUAGCGUGCCUGGUAAUCAUGCAUGGGUCAGGGUUUUUAAACCUGCAUCAGCCCAACCCAUUACGAGAGCCAGUUCGCCCCACCUGCCUCGCAAAUCACCUGAACCCAACCCAAAAACCAGAGCUGAAAGUUUGGGAAAUAAUAUCCAACUUGCUUUUAGCUGUAUUGUGUGUCAAUAUCAGUAAAUAUCACAAUGUAAAAUGUGCGUUUUUUGUUUAAAAAGUACAAAAGUAGGUAGACAGCAAGUACUCACUCAUCAUUUGAGUGGUUAGGUCUCCAAUGUGAUCUUUAGAGCACAGCUGAUAUCAUACGUGGUUUGUUUACAUGAGCUCCCAGCUGAUCGGUACAGUUGUUUGAUUGUUUACAUGAUGUAACAUAAGAGAGGCUUGCUUGCUGUUAGGACACAGUGUUAGUCCUGCAUAUUCUCAGAGGGAAAUAUUUAUAGUGGACUGGAGAAAUUUAAUAAGGUCAAAUAGCGUAUAACAGAAACUCGAGCGCAGCAGGGCUGAUGAUGAAGCCGCUUGCUGUGUGUGAUUGGGAGAGACAGAGAGAGGGGAAGAGAAGGUGAAAGGUGGACUGCUGCAGUGUUUCUGUAAGUUAUAACUUACUCAGAAUGCUGCUUUGUCACUUUAAGAUCCACUCAAGAGAAACCAACAAUAUUUUUUAACCCAAACCAUCCAACGCGCAGGUCAGCCCACAGAACCCAAGGGUUGUGGGUCGACCCGUGCAUCACCAGUGCAUAGAGCAGAUGACCACAUGAAGAAAUGCAUCAUGAGCUGGCGUCAGCUUGUCCCCAAAAAAAGUAGAAGAAAAACUUAAGAAACAGAGUAUUCCUAAUGGUCUGAGACCAUUCUUACAAAGAUUACUUUUACAUUAAUCUACCACAUCAUUUGAAGCUUUGGCCAAAUUCAGUGUGAACGUCGGACACUGUGACAUUAUAGAUAUGACAGAAAAUAAGAGAAGGUAUAAUGGGUCCCCUUUAAACAACCUUGUGGGUUUUAUGUUUUAGAGGGACUCAUCUUUAACUCUGUGACAAGGAUGUAAUGAUGAUACAUAAGAAGCACAAACUAGAAAUGUUAUAACUGUUACACACCUUCAUGAUCCUAACUCCUUUUUUCUUUCAAUGAUGUCUUAACAUGCCUCAGCAGAUGGCUCUUUGUAGCAUUUUCAUUUCCUUGAAUUCUGAUAAUCAUGAAAGUUGUUGAGCAGUCAAAGACGGGGAGUUUAAUAUUCACACUGGAUGUUUGAGAAAUGAAUCUGUAGAGGCCAGAGACAGCAACCACAGUGAAGUUCUGGUGCUCCUAUACCACAUUUAGAUCACGAGUCAUUUUAUGUGAAGCUGCUCGUGUUUUACAGCCACUCUUUUGUCCAGUUUGGUUGUACUCAUCUGAAACAUCUGGAAGUUCGAAUAUGAAAAAGACAAUCAGGCUAAAGCGACUAUAAAAUAUGUUUAUUAAGAAAUGUAUCAUUUUGAAAAAUGAUAGUCAAACGAAAUAUAUAACGUGAAAUCAAAAGAAGCUAAAACAUAUUACUGAGACUAUAUAUA